AUGGCCGGGGCGCGCCGGGAACCGCCGGCCCGAGCCGCUCGGCGGGGCGCGGGGCGCGGGGCGGCGGCCCCCGGGCAGCGCGGGCCCCGGGCGGCCCCGCAAACGGCGGCCGGGCGCGUCGGCGGCCCCGCCCCUUCCUCCCGCCGCCCGCCCGGCCGCCCCGGCCCGGCCCGCCGCCCUCACCUUCCCGGAGGCCGCCGCAGCUCGGCGGCGUCCGCACGCGAGUCCGCGGCUGCGGCCGGGCGCUUCCGGGGCGCUGGGAGCCUGGGAGGACUUGAUGGUCGGCAGGCCUGGGGUCUCAAACACCAUGUCCCCGGGGGCCGGACGGCCGCUCAGACGCAGAUCGCUGGGGGACCGGCCACGAGCGCGCUCCGCACCGCCAUUUUUUGUGGCCGAGGCGCUCGUGGGGUUCGGGGCGUCCGAGGCUCGGGGCGGUCCGGUGGGGCUCCCGCCGCGGGCGGGCGGGCCCGGGCGGAGACGCGGGCGGAAGGGCUCGGCGAGCGCGCGGCGCCGCGGGGUGGCCGGGUGCGGGGUGGCCCGGUCCGGUGCGGGGUGGCCCGGGUGCAGUGCGGGGUGGUCCGGUGCGGGGUGGCCCGGGUCCGGUGCGGGGUGGCCCGGGUCCGCGGUGGCCCGGUGCGGGGUGGCCCCGGUCCGCGGUGGCCCGAAGGCAACGCGAGGUCCCCCGCGGGGCCUGUGCCCCCCCCCCCCCCCGCCGCCUCCCCCGCCGCCUCCCCCGCCGGGCCCCCACCGCCUCCCCCGCCGCCUCCCCCGCCGCCUCCCCCGCCGGGCCCGUGCCCCCCGCCGCCUCCCCCGCCGGGCCCCCACCGCCUCCCCCGCCGCCUCCCCCGCCGGGCCCCGUGCCCCCCGCCGCCUCCCCCGCCGGCCCCGUGCCCCCCGCCGCCUCCCCCGCCGCCUCCCCCGCCGGGCCCUUGCCCCCCGCCGCCUCCCCCGCCGGGCCCUUGCCCCCCGCCGCCUCCCCCGCCGCCUCCCCCGCCGGGCCCUUGCCCCCCGCCGCCUCCCCCGCCGGGCCCUUGCCCCCCGCCGCCUCCCCCGCCGGGCCCGUGCCCCCCACCGCCUCCCCCGCCGCCUCCCCCGCCGGCCCCGUGCCCCCCCCCCCGCCGCCUCCCCCGCCGGCCCCGUGCCCCCCCGCCGCCUCCCCCGCCGGGCCCGUGCCCCCCACCGCCUCCCCCGCCUGCCCCCCCCCCGCCGCCUCCCCCGCCGCCUCCCCCGCCGGGCCCUUGCCCCCCGCCGCCUCCCCCGCCGGGCCCUUGCCCCCCGCCGCCUCCCCCGCCGCCUCCCCCGCCGGGCCCUUGCCCCCCGCCGCCUCCCCCGCCGGGCCCUUGCCCCCCGCCGCCUCCCCCGCCGGGCCCGUGCCCCCCACCGCCUCCCCCGCCGCCUCCCCCGCCGGCCCCGUGCCCCCCCCCCCGCCGCCUCCCCCGCCGGCCCCGUGCCCCCCCGCCGCCUCCCCCGCCGGGCCCGUGCCCCCCACCGCCUCCCCCGCCGGCCCGUGCCCCCCCGCCGCCUCCCCCGCCGGCCCCGUGCCCCCCACCGCCUCCCCCGCCGGGCCCGUGCCCCCCACCGCCUCCCCCGCCGGCCCCGACCCCGCCGCCUCCCCCGCCGGGCCCGUGCCCCCCACCGCCUCCCCCGCCGCCUCCCCCUCCGGGCCCGUGCCCCCCACCGCCUCCCCCGCCGGCCCCGUGCCCCCCCCCGCCGCCUCCCCCGCCGCCUCCCCCGCCGGGCCCGUGCCCCCCGCCGCCUCCCCCGCCGCCUCCCCCGCCGGCCCCGUGCCCCCCGCCGCCUCCCCCGCCGCCUCCCCCUCCGGGCCCGUGCCCCCCACCGCCUCCCCCGCCGGCCCCGUGCCCCCCACCGCCUCCCCCGCCGCCUCCCCCGCCGCCUCCCCCGCCGGGCCCGUGCCCCCCGCCGCCUCCCCCGCCGGCCCCGUGCCCCCCGCCGCCUCCCCCGCCGGCCCCUUGUCAGCCUAUUUAGGUGUUUGUUUCUCUUACAAAAUACAUGAGGCAAAGCCAGGAAGCCCCACCCCCUAAGAGGACUUCACCGGCCAUCUCUGAAGGUAAGGUGAAGUUGGCCGAUCAAAGGUUGAGAGAUGAGAGCACUGAGAGCAGCCGGACACGCUCCGCACCCGGCAGCUGCACCAUCCCCUGGCGGAGCUGCUCGUGCCCACUCUGUGGCCACCUGGUGUGGACAUGUGGGAAGCUUGCAUUUUGGGGAGGCCUGGCAUGGAGGGAGGAGGGAGAGGUGGCUGUGAACCCCGCGGAGCUGUGGGAUCUGUGA